UUUCCUAAAAUACAAACCCUCAAAAUUUUCCCCCCAAUUUCCUUUCAGUUUUUAGAACCUAGCCACCACAAUCUCCAAUUUCAGCCGGCACCACAGCCGCACCCGGUCGCCACCGUUCACCAUCCCAAACGGCCUUCACUUCAGCUGAUCCUCUUCCACCACCACCACCAAUAUCAGCCGCGCCCUAACCGAUCUCCACCCUAAACGGCCGUCACUUCAGCCGUUACUGUUCCACCACCAGUGUUACAUGACCUCCGCACCACCACCACCAAUGUCAGCCGCCACCACAGCCGCACCAGGAAAGAUAUUUUUAUUUUUUGAAUAGAUUUCUUAAUUAACCGCACCACCACGACCAGUCACAACCGUUUUCCACCUCCAUUGUCAACGGUGCCACAACCACUCCUAACCGCACCACCACCGUAAACAGCAGCCAUUUGCUCUUUUUCUUCCACCACCACUCUCAAAGAUGGAAGAGUGUAGUCUAAAAAAAUCAGAGAACUGUUCUUCUCAAUUCAAUGUCAUGGAGGAUAAUCAUUUUGAAGAAAUUGAAGAUACAAGAAGUGCAAAAGAGGAAUGGGAGCCCAAGCCUGGAAUGGUUUUUGAUUCAUUUGAUAAGUUUUUCCAAUACUACAAAAGCUAUGGGAAUAAAAUGGGUUUUGAAGCUAUUAUAAGAUCUUCAAGGAAAGGAGAUGAUGGAGAGUUGAUAUACGCAAACCUGACUUGUUCUUGUGGUGGGAAGUGGAAUGGUAACUCUAGAAAUGCCUUUAAAACGCAAUCGUUGACAAAAACUUAUUGUAAGGCUCGCAGUACUGCAUCUCGACGUCCUGAUGGAAAAUGGCAAAUAGUGUCAAUUAUCUUUGAUCAUAAUCAUGAACUUAGUAGUCUUGGCAAAACUAGAUAUUUCAAGAGCAAUCGAACAAUACAACCGAAUUUGAAAAGGAAGCUUGAAGUGAAUGAUAGGAUUGAGAUUAGACCAAAUAAAAAUUUCAAUUCCUUGGUAGUUGAAGCGAGUUGUCCUGAGAAUUUGACUUUCCGACAAAAAGAUUGUAUUAACUACAUUAAAAAAGUUGGAAGGAUACGACUUGGUGUUGGGGAUGCUUAUGCAAUACAAAAAUAUUUUUUGAAAAUGCAAAAUGAUAAUUCAAAUUUCUUCUAUAUUAUGGAUUUUGAUGAAGAAGGUCGAUUAAAAAAUGUUAUGUGGGUGGAUGCAAGAAGUAGGGCCGCAUUUAAAGAAUUUGGUGACGUUGUAACUUUUGAUACUACAUAUUUGACCAACAAGUAUGAUAUUCCGUUUGCUACGUUUGUUGGUGUUGACCAUCAUGGCCAUUCAACAUUGUUAGGUUGUGGGUUAAUCUCCAACGAGGACACACAGACAUUUGUAUGGCUUUUUCAAUCUUGGCUUGCAUGUAUGUCAAAUUGUGCUCCAAAGGCAAUUAUCACUGAUCAAGAUAAAGCAAUACGAAAUGCAAUAGAGAUCGUGUUUCCCGGUACACGACAUAGAUGGUGUUUGUGGCAUAUAAUGAAGAAAUUGUCGGAAAAGUUACAAAGUUAUCACGAAUAUGAACAUAUUAAGUUUUCUUUGCAAAAUGUCGUGUAUGAUUCAUUGACACACGAGGAGUUUGAAGAACGUUGGAAUAGGUUCAUUGAUAAGCACAACCUUCACGACAAUGACUGGUUACUUGGAUUGUAUACUGAAAGACAACGUUGGGUGCCGGCAUUUGUAAAAGAUACUUUCUGGGCAGGUAUGUCUACUAUUCAACGUAAUGAAAGUAUACAUGCAUUCUUUAAUGGAUAUGUAAAUUCAAAAACCACUUUAAAACAGUUUGUGGAACAAUAUGAGAAUGCAUUGCGUGAUAAAGUGGAAAAAGAAAAGGAGGCUGAUUUUAAAUCUUUCAAAUCAAGAAUCCCUUGCAUAAGCAUUUAUCCUAUAGAGAAACAAUUUCAAAAUGCAUACACUAUUGUAAAAUUCAAAGAGUUUCAACAAGAGCUUGCUUCCAAGCUUUAUUGUGAAAUAUCUUCUUUCAAAGAGAUUGAUUCUUAUAUGGAAUUUAUAGUAAAGGAAGAUGUUAUUGUUGGAGAGACGUGUUGUCGUGUUCCUUUUGUGGUUUGCUUUGAUGAAACUAGUUGUGAUGUUCGUUGCAAUUGUCGAUUGUUUGAGUUUAAAGGAAUUUUAUGUCGACAUGCAAUUGCGGUGUUGAUUCAUAAGGAAAUUUAUCAUGUACCAGAAAAGUACAUUUUAAGGCGGUGGAGGAAAAAUAUAUACAGAUGCCACACCAAAGUUAGGAUAAGUUAUAAUAGUUGGAGCACGAAUCUUGAAGGAAAACGAUUUGAUCAGUUGUUUAAUUCAUUCUCUAUGGUAGCAGAUUUGGCAUCAAGCAAUGACGAUGAUUGUAAUAUGGUGAUGCAAAUGAUCAGUGACAUGAAAAACAAAUUGAUGUUGAAUGAAAAUGCUGGUGGGAUUGAUAGAAGUCUAAGCAUGUCAACUAAUAGUAGAACGAAUUGUGAAAGUGUUCAAUAUACUUUCAAAGAGGGGAGCAAUAAUUGUGAUUAGACCAAACACACAAAUCGUGAAAGUGUUCAAUAUACUGCAGCCUUAACAGAUUUCGGGAGUUUUUUGCAGUCUGGGCAGUGUGUUUGGGCAGUUUGUGCAGCUUAUGUAGCUGGUAUAUUUUGUGCAGUCUGUGUAGCUUAUGUAGUUUGGGCAGUCUGUGUAGCUUAUAUAGUUUGGGCAGUCUGUGUUGUAUGUACAGUGUUUGCAGUUAAGCUAGGGCUCAAUGGAGAAACAGCAGCAGAUUUAUGGUUGUGUGCAGUCUGGACAGUUUGUACAAUGUUCUGUUUCUUAGAAUUUUUGUGCAGUUUGUGUAAUCUUUUGUGUUGUGCUUCCUGGAGUUCCUGAGAGCUGCAUUGUUAGCUUCUCCCAGGAGAUGUUUGCUGAUUGUGGUGGAUAGUGUAGCUUGGGCCUGCUGGAUUGUGCUUGUUCUCGGAAAUUGUUGCAACCCAGGUUUUUUGUCCAGGUCUGUUGGAGGUGCUGCGGCAGUUUUAUGCUUUCUGCAGUGUGUGGAAGGUUGCUGCAGUUUGUAUAGGCUGUCAAGUGUGUGUGUUUGCUGCUGUCCCCAGGAGUUUUAUGCAGUUUGUGCAGCUUUUGGUUGUUGGUUAUAGGAUGUGUGGCUAGUAAUGCAGGAUUUUGCUGCAAUUGUGCUGAUGCCGAUAGAGUGCUAUAGCUUGGUUGAAGACGCAGCAGUUUUUGCAGUUUUUUUUUGCUGCCUCCAGGAGAGCUUGCAGCUGUUGUAGCCUGUGCAGUGUGUGCUUCCUUGAUGCCUAUGGGAGUGUUUGGCGAUUGUGUGGCCUGUUAGUGUUGCUGCUGCAGUUUGGCCUGUUGGUGAUGCUGCUGCAAUUGUUCUCUACCUUUGGCAGUGUGUGCAGUCUUCGGGUUGUUUUUGCAGCUUGUGCAGUCCAUGCUGUUUGUCUGUUUCUAUGUUGUGUCUGGGAUUUCCAGGGAGCUUGUACAGUGUUGACCAUUAACUAAGCCUCAAAUAUGCGUUGUCUAA